CAAGCAAGCAACACGCCUCAAAAACCUCCGUGCCGCGUAACCUGGGAAAAGGGAUCAUCGAACAAAAUCUGCCUUGUUCCAGUGGAUCAAGAGCAUCGGCGGCAUCUCCUCGUCCCGCUCCUUUCCCCUCCAAAGGAAAAGCAUCUCUCUCGCGCAGAUGCCAUCAUAUUCCUAGCCUUCGACUAAACUAAAAGAUAGCUGCGCCUUUUCUUUGCUCCAUCGGCAUGGCUUCCCCAACACUUGCUCUUCUUCUCCGCCUCGCCCCCCUCGUUCUGCUCUGCCUCUCACCGGCAUGCGCCGCCGGGAGAGUAACGGUGUCGGUCUACUACGAGACGCUGUGCCCGUUCUGCUCCGCGUUCGUCGUGAACGACCUCGCCAGGAUCUUCAACAACGGGGUCUCCUCCAUUGCGGACCUCAGGCUAGUCCCAUUCGGCAAUGGGCGCGUCUCCGCCGAUGGAUCCAUUACAUGCCAGCAUGGAGAGGAUGAGUGCCAACUCAACGCUAUAGAAGCUUGUGUGAUCAGGCUAUGGCCUAAUGCGGAGCAGCAUUUCCCUUUCAUUCACUGCGUUGAGCAUUUAGCACUGACAAGGAAAUGGGACUCCUGGCAGUCUUGCUUUCAGGAAACUGGUCUGCCCUCUCAGCCUGUUAUUGAUUGCUACAACUCAGGAUAUGGCAGGCAGCUUGAGAUGCAAUAUGCUGCCGAGACAAAUGCUCUUCAGCCUCCUCAUCAGUUUGUGCCAUGGGUGGUCGUUAACGGGAAACCGCUUGGUGAGGAUUACAUGAACUUUGAGGCCUACAUCUGCAGCGUUUACGAUGGCAAACUUCCAGAGGUGUGCAAGGGGAAGCACCUAGCAAUUGCCCAACACACGAAAGCGAGCGGAGGAGACAAGAGGAAUCCGCAUGAGGUGGCCAUUGCACUUGCCGUUGGUAUCGCCCUAUGGUUCGGAUUAUGAAGCGCCGUCCCCUCAAGAUCAAGUAGUCCAAUUUUUCAGAAGCAGACAGAUCACGGAGCUAGCCCAGUAGACGAACAGAUACUAACAACAUACUGUAAACAGGAACCUGCAAAUUUCUUCUUCAACAACAGAGGCAGGCAAAGCACGUGGCUUCGAUCUGCCUUUGUUCAACUGUAAAGAUCAAAGUGAUUCAUUGGCCAAGAUAAGAUGCUUGCAGUCCUUUUGUACAUAGCAGCUGAAACCGUAAGCAGCACGCACACAAGCUGGUGCAGAUCAGUGCACGAGAGGCGCCGUUUCGGUGGGGGGAGUGGAGGCGCUCGUCGGCCCAGGACUGACGAGUAGGACGCCGCCGACCGUGAAUCGCAGCUGCAGAAGAUCGCCACGAGUAGAAGCGUAGGGCGUCUGACUCGAGGUUUUUCCCUCUGGAGAACGGAAGUCGGAGAAAGUUCUGUAUCGGAUGGUCAUCUUGUUGCCUUGUUUGGCUGUGCGCCGGUGACUGCUCCUGGCCGUCGCUCCAGUAAACGAAAGCUAGUGCUCACCCGCAUGGGCAAGUCUCAAAGAGACACUGCACGGUGCGUAGCCAAAUCAGCACUGGACAUGUUUAGAGUAAUUACCAUCCCGUAUUCCCAUAAAUUCCAUACUGAUCA